AUGGGGAGAUCUUUCUUGGCUUCCUUUCUUCUUGUGUUUCUUUCCCUAUUUGUGGCUAAUGGGCAAUAUGGUGAUGGUCAGUAUGGGCCUGCAAUGUACUUCUUCGGGGACUCGGGAUUCGAUGUGGGCAACAAUAAUAACUUAUUCACAUUGAUAAAGUCAAAUUUCCCACCUUAUGGUCGUGACUUUCCAACCAAACAACCAACCGGGAGGUUCUGUAAUGGAAAGCUUGCCUGUGACUUCGCUGCUGAACGCCUACAAAUCCCUUAUCCACAAGCUUAUCUUAGCAGCGAAGCCAACGGAAAUAAUCUCUUGACCGGUGCAAACUUUGCUUCAGCUGCGUCUGGUUAUUUUGAUGCUACAGCCGAACUAUAUAAUACGAUCUCACUAAGUCAGCAGCUGGAGAACUACAGGGAGUACCAAAAUAGGUUGGUGGAAAUUGCAGGGAGAUCAAAUGCUUCAACAAUAAGAUCCGAUGCAGUCUACUAUCUUAGUGCUGGGAGCAGUGACUUUCUUCAAAACUAUUACAUUAAUCCUCUUCUUCAACUCGCCUUUACUUUUGAUCGCUUCUCAGACAUUCUCAUGCAAUCCUAUACAAACUUCAUCCAGAGGCUAUAUGCAUUGGGAGCAAGGAGAGUUGGAGUGACAACACUGCCCCCAAUGGGAUGCCUGCCAGCAGCCAUGACAAUAUUUGGUUUGGGUAGCAACGAGUGUCUGGAAUGGUUAAACAAUGAAGCCGUUUCCUUUAAUAAUAGGCUUAAUGCAACAUCUCACAGGUUGCAAAAUCAACUUUUUGGUCUCAAGUUGAUUAUCUUUGAUAUCUACCGACCUCUUUACAAUAUUUCCACAAAUCCUACAGCAUAUGGGUUUGCUGAGUCAAGGAAGGCAUGCUGCGGAACAGGUUUGCUAGAAACGUCAAUUCUAUGCAAUCCGUUUUCUGUGGGGACGUGUGCUAAUGCAUCUGAUUACGUCUUCUGGGACGGUUUCCAUCCAUCGGACGCUGCAAACGGAUUUAUUGCCGAAUCUUUGCUCGAAAGUGGCAUGCGGCUCGUGAGCUAAUCAUACACAUGUGCGCAUCUACCGUAACAUUACUCUUCUUAAUUUGCUCUUCAACCCAUAUGUUGUUGACGGUUAAUUUGGUUAAUUUAUUUAUAUUUCUUGUGGUUUUGUUUGUAAUAAUGGAAUAUGGAGGGAC